AUGUCCACCGACGAGUUUGCCCCCCAGAUGACCGAGGGCUACAAGACCCCCAAGGCCGUCACUCUGUCCGAGCUUCAGGACCUCGACAAGGAGGAUGAGGCCAUGAACAAGUGGAAGGCCUCCCUCGUCAAGGAGACCUACGCUCCCGCCGACGAUCCUCGCCGCGUGGUUGUCCUCUCCAUGACUCUGUCUUCCCCGGACCGCCCGGACAUCACCCUCGAGCUCAACUCCAGCGAGAAGGUCCAGGAGCUGAAGAAGCUCAAGACCAUCAUCAAGGAGGGCUCCACCUACCGCAUCUCGGUCAACUUCCGCGUCCAGCACGAGAUCGUCACCGGUCUCAAGUUCCUGCACGUCAUCAAGCGCAAGGGCAUCACUGUCGAGAAGAUCCAGGAGAUGAUUGGCUCGUACGCUCCCCAGCUUGAGCCCCACACCAAGUCCUUCCACCCCGAGGAGGCCCCCUCCGGCAUGAUGUUCCGCGGUAACUACGUCGGUCAUGCCAAGUUCACCGAUGAUGAUGGCAACAUCUACCUCGAGUGGGAGUGGCCCUUCGAGAUCAAGAAGGAGUGGGAGUAA